CAUGGCCCUGGUGGCGCGGGCGCUGUGGUCCCGCGGGCGCGCUCCGGCCUGGAGGCUGGGCUGCAGCCCGGGGCUUGGGCUCCGGGCGCAGAGCCGGACAGGUCUCGCUGGGACGACGGGCAGCCCCGGCCCCGCCGUCAGCGCUCGCAAAGGUAACCCACGUCUUCUGGGAGCCGCGGCGCUUGCUCUGGGAGGCGCCCUGGGGUUGUACCACACCGCGCGGUGGCACCUGCGCACCCAGGACCUCGGCGCGGAGUGCUCGGCUGCACAGCUGUCCCUGUCAAACCGCUUGCAGCUGACCCUAUACCAGUACAAGACAUGUCCCUUCUGCAGCAAGGUCCGAGCCUUCUUGGAUUUCCACGCCCUGCCCUACCAGGUGGUGGAGGUGAACCCCGUGCGCAAGGCUGAGAUCAAGUUCUCCUCCUACAGGAAGGUGCCCAUCUUGCUGGCCCAGGAAGGAGACUGCUUGCAACAACUGAAUGACUCCUCUGUCAUCAUUAGCACCCUCAAGACCUACCUGGUGUCAGGGCAGCCCCUGGAGGAGAUCAUCACUUACUACCCACCCAUGAAGGCCGUUAACGACCAGGGCAAGGAGGUGACUGAAUUCUGCAACAAGUACUGGCUCAUGCUGGACGAGAAGGAAGCCCAGUGGAUAUAUGGCGGGACAGAGGCGAGAACGGAGGAAAUGAAGUGGCGGCAGUGGGCGGAUGACUGGCUUGUGCACCUGAUCUCUCCUAACGUGUACCGUACGCCCACUGAGGCCCUGGCUUCCUUUGACUACAUUGUCCGCGAGGGCAAGUUUGGGGCCGUGGAGGGCACCAUGGCCAAGUACGUGGGUGCAGCUGCCAUGUACCUCAUCAGCAAACGACUCAAGAGCAGGCACCACCUCCAGGACGACGUGCGUGAGGACCUCUAUGAGGCUGCCAACAAGUGGGUGGCUGCAGUGGGCAAAGACCGACCCUUCAUGGGGGGCCAGAAGCCAAACCUCGCUGAUCUGGCGGUGUAUGGUGUGCUGCGUGUAAUGGAGGGUCUGGAGGCCUUCGACGACCUCAUGCGUCACACACACAUCCAGCCCUGGUAUCUGCGGGUGGAGAAGGCCAUCAUGGAGAACACCCCAGUGUAG